UACAAGCUUCUCACACCUUCAUUGUCUGUUGAACCAUGUCAGGUAAAGUUGAUCCGUCAAUGUUCCUCUUCGAUUUCCCACCGCUGCUUAUGGGGACUUUCUGUAGACUGAUGGACAGCGGCGUCAAUGGACUGGGAUGGCGAGAUUUAGCUGCUCGCAUCCUUCCCAGUCUGCUGGAAGUGAGGUGUACUGAAACGUUUGCGGCUGCAGGGAAAAGUCCAACCCAAGAGCUCAUGUGGUCGUGGGCACAGCAGAAUAAAACAGUGGGGGAUCUGCUGAAGGUGCUGGAUGAUAUGGGCCAUGUUCGUGCCAGGAGUCUUUUUCAGUCAGAUUCUUGUGUGUUGAAGUCAUCUUCGUCUCCUCGGUUUCCCACGUAUCUGUCAAAUGGUGAACAAUCCAUUCACAUCUCAGCUCUUUAUCUAGAGCCUGUGUCUGUUAAAGGUGAAAAACAGAAGUAUUCGAUCACUUAUUCAGACGUCAUAGAGGGAACCAGAAAUUUCCAUCAGGACUUGAAAAUUGGAGCUAGCACAUUUGCAGAGGUCUACUGCGGAAGAUGGGGAAGCAAAUCUUUUGCUGUGAAAGUGUUCAAACAGGGAAAUAAAGCCACUUGGAAGAAAUUGUGGGAAAAAUUCACAAAUGAGAUUGAAGUUCUACAACUCUACCAGCAUCCUAAUAUCUUGGAGCUAUGGGGAAGCUUUUCAGAGAGAGAUCACUUCUGUUUAGUGUAUCCAUACCUUCAUAAUGGAUCAUUGUUCCACAGGCUUCAUGAGGAAGCUGAGAGGCCUCUGUCAUGGCAGGAGAGGCUGAACAUCAUCAAAGGCACUGCAAAGGCAGUUCACCAUCUACACACUGCACAACCCUGCAUGGUUAUUUGCGGUAACAUUACAAGUUCAAACAUACUCUUGGAUGAGCACCUGCAGCCGAAAUUAUCAGAUUUUGGUUUAGCUCAUCUAAGACCCCACUCUGUCAACCAGAGCUGCACCAUCGUCAUGGAUACUGCCUCCCAUAGCAACUUUGCCUAUCUCCCAGAGGAGUACAUCCGUGAUGGCAAGCUGUCAGUCAAACUAGAUGUUUAUAGCCUUGGCAUGGUUAUAUUAGAGACAUGUACUGGACAGAAGGUGACACAAGUGUCAGCAAAGAACCUGUAUUUGAGAGAUGUUCUGAGAUCAGAGUUUGAGGAGAAAGGCUGUGUGGAUGCCUGUUUGCGGUUUUUAGAUCCUAAAUUGGAACACUGGUCUCCUGCGGUGGCGCUCUGUCUGCUCCAAAUUGGGCUGGAGUGCACAGCCAGCAGAAUACGAGUCAGGCCUAGCAUGAAAACUGUGCUUCAGAGGUUAAGCCAACUUCUUCCCAUUCCUGCACCUCCUGAAGACCAACCGCACACUCUAGAUGAUAAUAUCUCUCCUCAAGGCUUCCACUAUGUCCAAGUUCCAUGUCCCAGCCUGCCCACUGAAGAUGAUGAAAUGUUCAGACCCCUGGAGGAAACUCCGUCACCCAGAGUCCCCAAACAGGCAGGACCCUGUGAGUGCAGCCAGUCCGAGGUUACUUUCUUGAGUGUUGGAGAACAAUUUCACAGGGAAUCUUUCCUGGAAAGUGACAGAGUGGUUUCAGCAUCACAGAGUUUACAGUCAGACCCUGUUCCUCACCUGGACUUAUAUGGGAGUUGGCCUGUGGAGUGCAGCUGUUCCACUGAAACUGAAGCACAGGGGUGUGAGGAAUGCUGUGCUAAUGGCUUUAGUCAGUCUAUCGUAUAUGUAACUCUAGAUGAUGGUGCCCAGCCCUCACAAAGUGACAUCAAGAAUCCAGCAAAAGCAAAAAUGAGGAAUAAAAUUCACUUGUACAAUCAAGGGCUGAUAAAAACAGAGGAACUUCUCUCACUGAAGUCAGACUGAUUCACCCAUUAAAUGGAAGAACUUUAUAAAAAGUGAACUCUUCGGGAUUCAAACCAGUGUUGUACUACCAUAUCAUUAGACAUGCAUUUACCCCAGUGAAGAUUUGUAUAUUUCAUGUUUCUGACGAAUCCAGUAAAUACAA